AUGCUCGUCCUCGUCCUCGGCGUGUUCGCCCUCGUCGCCACCGCCCUCGCGAUCCCCGUCGACCCCGCCCUCGGACCCCUCACAAGCAAGUGCAAGCUGCACGCCGGCUGCCUCAUCACCCUCGGCCUCGCGUGCGCCCUGCUCAAGGCCUACACCGCGCUCAAAGCCGCGCAGCGCACCAUCGCGCAGCUGCGCGACGACCUCGCGCUUGCGAAGAACACCGGGGCCGCGGCGAUCGCUGAGAAGCUGUGGACCGACGGGUACGAGGUGACGCUCACCCACACGACGCUGUAUGUGCGCCGUAGGGACGGGAGCCGCCGGCCUAGGCUCGAGGACGUGGAGGUGGUGGACACGGCAUUUCGCAACGCCGAUUGGCACGGCGACGCCGACGACGCCGACGACGACGCCGACUACAUCUACUUCGACAGCGACGCCAGCGACGAUGAUGAUGACGUGCGCUAUGGUCCAAACGGCUAUUGCGCCUGAGCACGGCGCCGUUCGUGCAUGUGACCUCUGCUGAGGC